AGUGGACUAUAGCGUCUUUUAAUGGCGGCGGUAUCAUGUACGACAACAACCGACAUGUUAUUUUUUUGAAAUUUAUUCCAUACUGCCGAUUGCCGAAUAUAAUCGUAUUAUUUUUUAAUAAUUAGAAUUAUCGUGUAAUUUUUUUAACAAUUCAGAAUAUUUUAUCGUGAAAAAAAAAUUUUUAAUAGUUUUCCCGAAAAUAACCUAAAAAUUUUUUUUUUUGUCACGGUGAUUAGUUGUCUCGUGUAGAUAGUUGCCAUUUUACAACAACGGUCGCGUCGAUCGGUACACAGUCAAUUAUCGCCUAACCGCUGUUAAUUUCGUGAUUGAACAUAUUAUUAAUUUCCGAAUAUUUUUGUUUCGUCAACAUUUAAAUGUCUAAACGUAACGAGAAACGUUCGAAAGAACGUGUUUACAACUCUUAUGUAUUACUCAAAAGACUCACAGAAGAAGAGAUUGAGAAGCAUACUGGAAAAAAGCAAAAAAAAGAGAAUACAUCUAAUGAGGAUAUAGCUAGCAAAAUAAUCGAACAAGAAAAUGGAAAUGAUGGCAAUAUGAAGAACGAUAAAACUCAAGAAAAAGAGAAUAAGACUAUUAUCCCAUCAAAUGAGUUUGAUUCAAAUAUGGUAAUCAAACAAGAAGCAAUAAAUGAUGGGAAUAUGGAAAUCGAUGAAGCACAAGAAAACGAGAAUAAUUCUAUUCCAAAUAUGAUGACUGAAAACGUUAAAAGCGAAAAUAUUGAUGGAAAUAUGAAAAAUUUAGCUGCACAAGAACAUAACCCUCAAGGUCCAUCAAACUAUUACAUUCCUGAUAACAUAAAAAUCAAACAAGAACUUGAAGAUAAUACUGCUUACUUAUUAAGAACACAAGAAAUGGGUAAUAUGCCUAAUCUCACCAACGACUUUAUGACAGUUCCUAUCAAACAAGAAAAUGAAGAAGAUGAUGAUGAGGAGGGUUACCUCUUCAAUUAUAAUGUAAAUUACGAUGAUAUGGAUACGUUUGAUCCAUCAAACAAUCUCAUUACUGCUACAGAAUUUGAUCAAGAACUUCAAGGUUAUAGUAACAUGGAGACCAAUGUUGCUCAAGGAAAUGUGUUCAUUCCAUCAAAUAAUUACAUUCCUGGUAUGGAAUAUGGGCAAGCAGUUCAAAACGAUGGUAACAUGGGGAUCAAUGUUGCUCAAGAAAAUGUGUUCAUUCCAUCAAAUAAUUACAUUCCUGGUAUGGAAUAUGGGCAAGCAGUUCAAAACGAUGGUAACGUGGGAAUUUAUAUACCACAAGGACAUGAGAACAUGCCUAGUACAUCUAAAAGUUUUGUUCCCAUAAAAAUUAAACAAGAAUUUCAUACUCAAAGUUACAUGGAGCCAACCUAUGCUACACAAGGAAAUAUGUUUGAUCCAUCAAACAAUUUCAUUCCUAAUGUGGCAAAUGGACAAAAAAACAUGAGGAUGAAAAUACCAGAAAAUCAAGGAAAUCGGGCCAUCCCGUCAAACGGUAAUGUUCCUAUAUUUAUCAAACAAGAAAUUUUUGAUGAUGGCAACAUCGAGAUCUUCACGGAUGUAUUGAAGCCAUUGGCGGACCAGGAAGAUGAGGAUGAGACUCCAUAGUAACAGUCUUUUUUGCAUAAUCCUGACUUACAUCUUCAUAUAUUUCUCUUACGCUUAGCGAUUUUUUAUU